AUGAGACCUCGAAUUCGAGUUUGCAAUGUUUUUGUGGUCUCAAAAUCAAAUCUGACAGGAAAGGCACAUUUUAAAGUGUCAAUUAAAUCGCAUAGCAUUUGUGUAUCGUGGACAGCAAAUGAAAGUGAAAUUGACCAGACAUUUGUGUUACCAGAUAUGAGAUUAAUACCGAAAAGCUUGUCUGGUUUGCAAGUGCGAGGGAAUUCGCUUAGUUUCCGAGUGCAGACUGAGCCACUGACAAACACUUCGGGUUCUUUCGCUGCUGAAAUUAUUCCUUUACUCCGUAAUUUAUCUUUUGAGCAAAAUGCAUCCAUAUAUGUUCCUGGGAUUGUGCCAAAUGUCGCACACACUUUGCUGUGUAGGUGUUGCGGCAACAAGUUGUCCCUCACCGAUAUCACGGUGAAGAGAGUCCUACCACUCCCGACAGACUCGACUAGUCAGUUCGAGUGGUUUUGCCACAACCACGGCGGUUCCGGCUCCGACGACGUCUGUGAUGUGGCUGCCUCGGACGUGAAGAAGACUGAUUGUUUGUACGGAAUGUACUUUGUCCUUCUAAGCACGGCCUGGUUGCAAAUGGAAGCAAGCGAGGUACUCUCGUGCGCAAGGUGUUUCUCGUGGCUGGGCACAUGCAAGGGUUCCACCGCUAAGCUCUGGCGGUGCACCACGACCUGGGGCGACGACAACGCGCCACAGAUGGCUUUGGGCGAUUUCCUCGCCGUCAUCGGAGAAGCCGUCCGUGGCACGAUGGGAAUGUUGUGCAAGAUCGUACUGGAAACAAAACUUUCUCCAAUAGAGACGCAGUACAUCCUCCUCUGGGUGAUCGACAAAGAGCUGCAGGUACUCGCGUACGUGAACGAUGCGGACCAGAUCCCCCAGCUAAGUGGUGGACUCGAGACUGAAACUGUGUUGGCCCCGAAGAAAACCAUGAAAGUUCUGUACAGCCACCACGUGUCCCGCGAUGACGAGGUGAAGUCGUGGCAGAACGACGUGAACGUUCAGGGCGUUGACAUCGCGAAGCAGAUGUUUGUCGAAGGUCUGCAGUAUCUCGCGAAGGUUACCAAUUACUUGCCUGCGGCGCACCGAAUGUCUGGUGGCUUCUAUGUGUGUCACUUGGGACUCUGAAUUGCCUUGGGAAAUGUUGGCAAGAAUUUCUUUUUAUUAUUCUUCAUUCUCUGUUAAAGUUUUUAAAGAAACAUAUUUCGAGCAUAGUUGUGAAUUCCUGAUUUAGGUUGUACAAUUCUGUUUUCUGAACCAAAUUUUGUAUACGUACGUGAAGAUUUUUUGAUGGUAAUCUUAAUAUGGGUUUUUUUAUGAUGAUUUUGAAUUGUAGGUGUUUCUACUUAUCUUAAUGUGAGUGGAUUGUAAAGGUGAGUUAACGAUUAGUAAAGCUAUGUAUACAAAGGUAGUGGUUUAUGAUUGUUGUAUGGGUAUCAUAAAGGAUCAUGUGUGAAUCAGCAGUUGGCUUAAGAAUUAACAGAAAUGGUUAUAUUUUAUAUUUUUCCUUAAGAAUUAUGGAAAUCACAAAUCAGAGUCCAUUGGUAUGAUUUUUUGGUGCGAAUAAUGUUUGUUUAGGAAGGACUAGGAAAUAAAAUAUAUAUUAUUUCUGUCAAAAGAGGAUAAUAUUACUUAAAAGAAAGUUUCACAAUAUAAUUUUAAAAAAAUUAUUGGAAUUUUUAUUUUGUUAUAUAUUUCAGGAAUUUAUUAUUCUGAUGUUUUCCUGGUUAGUUUUAGCUAUAAUUCGAGUCUAUAAAAUUGUUUCAACAAUUCAGGAAUGCAACUUUUUACUGUACAGUCAUUUUAUGUUGGCUCGAAUAGAUAUUAACAUUUCAUUAAAUAGUAUUUAUAUAUUAAAGUUAAACAUUUGAUUCUGAUUUCUGUGCAAAUUCUAGGUUAUGAGCUAAAAUGUUGCUAUUUUUAGGUUCAAUCAUGAUUAAUGUGUGUGGUAUAUUAAGUAGGUACGUAACCAAUGUCACCAUGAAUAAAAAUGAUACAUUGAACAAAUUAUCAGUCUGCAAUGAUUCCUAGCUGAAGUUCACUUCAAAAAGCAGAUGAUACCUACAAAUACAAAAAUUCAGCUUAUAUAACAUGGAUGCACUAUCACCUGUUUCCAUAAGCAUUUCUUUUGUUUUUAUUUUAUUCUGAUUUUUUUUCUCUUCAUUUUCAUUUAAGUUCUUAAAGUUAAGUGUUUUUAGCAUAGUUUGUAAAUUCCUUGUUGUUGACAUCUGAACUGAAUUUUGUACUUGUAUUUUAAAGAUUUUUUAAUAAUAAUUUUAAUUUAGGGUAAUAUAUGAUGAUUUUGCAUUGUUAGUGUUUACACCAGUGUCAGUGAUAGUGGAUUGUUAUUGAGAGAAUCUGUCAAGACAGCCAUUUCUUAGCGAUAGUUAAUGAUCCCUCUUCUUUUGAUUAGUGUAGAUGCAUUGCCCUUCAAUUCCAGCAAAACUAUUGGUUAUAUUUAUAACUUAUUUCUGUUAGUGUUGCCACCAGACAGCUUCCUUGAGAAAUUUCAAACUGCCAAUCAACCUCUGUGUUUACCUUGAAUUUGAUCAUCAUUGAAAAGAACUUAAUGGAUUUAAAAGUAGCUUAUUGUCAUUGUUAAAGUGGUACGGAAAGUUACAGCAGUACAUUACUGUGAUUUGUCGGGCGACUCUGUAUCAGCUUGAAAAUUAAUUAAUUAUUUGUAUUGUGGUAUGUCGUUACCAACUAAUCAUAAAUGUUUCUACAUCACUUACUAAAGGUUUUAUGCCAAAAUUCCUUCAGAAUGCAUGCUUUAAAAUUUAUUUCAUUCUAAAAGAAAAGCUGGGUAAGUUUAAUUCUCCUUUUAAUUGUAACUAAAACAUGCCAAGCUAUCAAACUGGUAGGUAAGUAGACUUUAAAACCUGAUUUGAGAAAACCAAAAACUAUUGUCUAUUGUGUUUCCAAUAGCUUUAAGCAAAUUCGUAAUACUUGUCUGAUUGUUUAAUUAUCUUUUGAAAUUUGGUCUGUGAAAACUGUUUAUGGUAAGUUGUCUGGUGAUCAAUGUUGUCUGACAUAUGAGCCUAUCUUGUGUUUCAGAAGCAUUAUUUAUGUUACCAAUGAUAAUCAUAGCCUAGUUCUACCACUUUCGUUGGCAUACUAUAUUCCAUUGUCAUGUGGACUGUUUAAAAAAAUGUAAUGACACUGAUGUUCAGUCUUCUGUGUAACACUCUGCGAAAUGAACCUGGUGUAUAGGUUUUUUCUUGAAUAAAUAACAAAAUUUAAAUAUA